UUUUGUUGAACUUACUAAUAGGGAUUGAAUACACAGACGAAAUCGUGCUGGCUUUUUGCACUGUUUUGUGAAAUGUGUACGUGAUCGUUCUUAUUCUAUAGAUAACGUUGGAUAUAUCGCGGUACCAUGCGACUUUUACUUCUGUUUGUGGUAAUAUGUACAUCUAUUGCAAUGGAAGAACUGCCGAAGACGCUCGAAUCAACAAAUUCAAGCACAUGCCAUCGUGAAGCUAGAGCAGCUUUGUUUACAACUAUAAAUUCACGCACUCGCACAUCAACGCGUCGACCACGAGGAGUGUCACGUCCUUAUCGACUGUUGCCUAGGCGUCGCUUUCGCAAUAUAACUGCUUCGGCUAACGCAAUCAACGAGCGAUAUUUCGGUAACAACGUCUAUGAUCCUCUUGCACGCCCCGUAGCAGACGACUCGAAGGCGGUGGAUGUUCAUUUCAAAUUCCUGCUCACUGGCAUUCGUUCACUGAACCCGAUUACACACACACUAAUUUCUACAGCCCUUCUAUGCUCGUUUUGGAAGGAACCACGAAUUCGCUGGCCAAAGCGCUACUAUGGGAACAUAAGUACAAUUCGAGCUACGCCAGAAAUGAUUUGGACGCCAGAUAUUCAAGGACCAAUAGGCCGCUCCAACGAAGUACAAACGAAGAGCUUCAACUCGCUAAUUAACCAUCAAGGAAACGCGUCGCGCUGUGUUUUUGCUGAAUUACGGUCACUGUGCCGUUUAGAUUUGGCUUCAUUUCCUUACGACGAGCAGAUAUGCCGAAUUAUUUUACGCCCUCAUGGACUUUCGGCAAGGCUGGUAAAUUUGGUCAUGAACAAUGUCUCCGAGAGUCACCCUGUGCAAUACGGCGAAUGGAUCGUGCAUGCCAUAAAGGCGUACACUCACUUUAACAACUAUGGCCCUAUAGAGCUUGGCACAGGUGUCAUCGAAAUGCGUUUAAAACGGACUUCCGCUCAUUAUAGGUGGUCGGUAUGUAUACCGACAGCAUCUCUCCUUUUGAUAGCAUUGGUAUGUUCAUGGAUACCUCGACGGCAGAUUCGAACGCGUCAGGAACUGCUUUCGGGUUUACUUCUAUCUAACGUUCUCCUGCUACGGCACACUACAGUAUUGGUAGAGGGUGCUCAGAAGCUACCAAAUAUCCUGGUUUUGCAGAACUUCUGCCUGGGACUGGUUACUGUUAAUAUUGUAAGCACCUCAAUACUUCAGGGGUGCCCCUCACCGACACGCGGUGGCCGAAUCAAAGGACACGAAACAUUUGGAGUUGCCAUCGGUAAACUGGACGUGUUCGGCUACCCAACAGUAGGAGCGUUACUUAUCCUAUGGACGCUUUUCGUGGCCUAGCAAUAAGCUUUUCCCCAAUAGAGCCGCUUGUUAGACUCUCAUUGUCACAGUGAGACCGACGAAGGUACGACAAAGGCGAUGGAGCUUUAGACGAUCUAGGUUCGUGAAAACGACGACAAUUGUAUUUCAACACGUUUUUAUAGGUUCUUUAAUGGUUGGUUAAAAUAUUUCCUCAUGUUACUUUUAUUUGGCUUACUUGUAGGCUCAUUAGCCAAUGUCGUUGUUGCAAAUUACGUUGCUUCCUCUAAGUAAAUGCGCUAAUAAAUGCAAAGAUUUAAAUGAAUACAGCCAAGUCAGUUUGUAGAGCAAGCUUAACAAAUGACUAGAGAUAAAUGGGAUUUCCUAGAGUAUCAGCCGUGUGGCAGGCGCUACCUCUCGUAUAAUGUAAGUAACUAUAGCUAUAGUAACUAUUGAGUACGAAUCAACCCAAAAUAUUCUAUUCACGAUGCCUAAAAUAAUAAUAAUAUACCAAAGAAGUUGCCCGGGGCGAUACUCCUGCAACAAAACAGCAGCGCCAGAUUGAUGAAACCACAGAUGUAGGUGAAUCGAAUUAUUCGAAAAACUUCGUUUCUUUAAAGAAAAAAACUUGUAUAAUUAAAAAUAAAACAUCGUGAAAGCAAUGCGAGAUAAUAAAAUUUUCUAAACGAGAUGUAAACAAAGUAAGCAGAUCGAAAGCUGUAACCGAAAGGUGCAAGCGGAGGUUGGACCGCGCGUAAACAUGUUCGAACCUGUUCUGUAAUCAAGUGCGAAAACUAUCGGAACGACUGGAAUAAAUAGG